AUGGCCACAACCCUUACGGCUCAGCUGCCUCGACAGAGAUUGACGGCCUCUUCGAGAUCUCAUACACUGAGCGGUUUGAUCGGCCUUCGGCGACAAAGUUCCAUCAACGCUGCCCCUCAUUUGAAUUUUCGAAACUAUGUGGAAGUGCUUCGCAAAGAUGGUGAUCUAGCAGACGUGCACGACGAAGUGGAUACCGAUCUAGAGCUCUCUGCUCUUACUCGUCGUGCUUUGGAAACCCGCGACAAGGCACCCCUUGUUCACAAUGUGAAGGGUGCUCGUGGCGGCCUAUUUAGGGUGAUGGGAGCUCCUGCUUCGCUACAGAAGAAGGAGACCGAGCGAUUUGGACGACUGGCUAGACAUGUUGGUCAGGAACCGACGGCUACAAGUUCCUCAAAUGCACAGGUUCGACGGCGGCAAGUAUCUGCAGACAUAUACUGCAUGCAUGUUUUGCAGACUCCAGAUAAGAAAUGGACCAACUGGUCUAUUUCACGGGCCAUGGUUCACGACAAGACGCGCCUGAGCGGCCUCGUCAUGCCUCCCCAACACGUUGGACGGAUCUUUUCCCAAUGGCAGAAAAAGGGAGAGGAUAUUCCAUGGGCAAUGGCACUUGGAGCACCACCUGCAGCAAUCCUAGCAUCUGGUAUCGCUGUUCCUGAAGGAGUAUCCGAAGCGGACUAUGUCGGUGCAAUGAGCGGUGUCCCAUUCGAGGUGGUCAAAUCAUACUCUCGCACGCGCGUUCGUUGGUGCUUGAUUCGACAACGACUACAAGAGGCAGGUCUCCCAGUCAAGGAGGUUUUCACGCCUUAUGAGACCCAGACACCGUGGGCAGCGGUGCAAAUUGACGGCAAACAACUUGGAGCCAUGAAGACUAACCCGAAGGAACUUUGCAAUCGCAUCGGAGAUGCCAUUUUCUCCGACAAGACCGGCAUAUUUGAGCAUCACAUCCUCGUCGUGUCGGAUGACAUCGACAUCUACAACUUUAAAGACGUCAUAUAG